AGCGUGAAAACAUGUUGCUGAGCGUCUCGCUGCUCGUCCUUUCCAUCCUUCCUGUAUCAGGAGCGAUGAAGAGUGGUAUUGUUGAAGGACAUGAAGUCAAGCCUCACUCUAGACCCUACAUGGUGUCGGUUCAGCUUAACAAAGAACACAAGUGUGGUGGGAUGCUCAUCAGAGAGGACUAUGUGCUCACUGCAGCCCACUGUCUCAAUGGUUACAAGACUUCUGAGAAAAAACAGAAACUCGAAGUUCUGCUGGGAGCUCAUAACAUCAGUCGAAAGGAGCCGAGUCAGAGGAGAAUCGAAGUGAAGAAAUACAUCAAGCAUCCCUCAUACAAAGAGGGACAACAUAACCACAGCUAUGAUAUCAUGCUACUAAAUCUGAAGAACAAAGCCAAGCUGACCAAGUCUGUACAGAUCAUCACUCUUCCUAAGAACAAUAAAAAUAUUCCAGCCAAUCAGAAUUGUUCUAUAGCAGGCUGGGGUAAGACAGAACCAUGUGGUUCUGCUUCAGAUGUUCUGAAAGAGGUCCGACUCAAACUACAGUUUAACGUCGAAUGUAAGAACAUAUGGCAGAUGUACUUCGAUUCCCAACGCAUGAUCUGCACCGCCUCCGAUGGAGAAAAGGGCUUCUGUCAGGGUGAUUCAGGAAGUCCUCUAAUGUGUAACAACAAACUGACGGGAUUGGCUGUGUUUACGUACCCCGGUAACUGCAUAAAGCGCAAGUACCCAGGAGUGUACAUUAAAGUAGCCUACUUCCAUCCAUGGAUUCAGAAAGAAAUUAAUACCCCCUGAGAUUUAUUUUCUGCUUAUAAUCACACUUCAAUAAAGUGCAUAUUGUAUGAAUCAAGCAUGUUUUCACUCUUCUGUUUAUUUUUUGUCUAAC